AUGAUUCCCUCCAAGAAAACGGCUAAAACAUCUUCUUCCUCUGCUUUGCCAUCCACCGAUCCCCCACCGUUCGAUGUGUCUACUUCGACGGCCCAAGAAUGCCUUAUUGCCCUCUGCGGUGAGGAUCACAGCACCGAAGCCCUGGAGUCCAUCCUUUCCCACCGCCCGGAGAUUAUGCUCAGCAGCCAAAGCCUCCACCACUACAAAACGGCGUUGCUCUGCGACUCUACCACCGGCAGACUCAAAUGCCUCAACGACGCCAUCGCCUCACGCCAAGAAUGCCUUAUUGCCCUCUGCGGUGAGGAUCACAGCACCGAAGCCGUGGAGUUCAUCCUUUCCCACCCGGAGAUUAUGCUCAGCAGCCAAAGCCUCCUCCACUACAAAACGGCAUUGCUCUGCGACUCUACCACCGGCAGACUCAAAUGCCUCAACGACGCUGUCGAGUCCUCACGCCAAGCUCUAGCGCUUUCCCCGAACUCCAUCUCCUUUGCACUCUUCCACGCCGUCUUGCGCUUCCAACUCGCCCGAAACGACGCCGGUUCGUACGAUGCCGUGGUCCAGGAAUGCGAUCACGCGUUGCUGAUCGAGAACCCGACGGAGCCAGGGUACAAAGUCCCGGUCCAGGCUUCGCGGCUUGAGAAGAUCAGGGAGGUUAUCGUGGAGCUGGCAGAGAAAUCCAAGUGCCGGAUCAUCGUUCUUGAAGGUGGGAACAGGAGGGACAAAUGGAAACGGCUUGUAGAGGAUAAUUCCCUGGUGAAGGUACAGGCCGAGUUUGAGGGUGCCCAACUGAAAAAGUGGGGGAUCCCAGGGCGGAGGGCGCCUCCGGAUUUUGAUCUGUUGGCAAAGAAAAAGAAGAUCAAGAAACACAAGGAAUUCGAGUCCAACGACGUCGCUACGAUCAGUCGAGUCAGGGCGUUCUGGAACGACAAGAUGAGUGUGAAAGAAAAGAGGAAGUUGUUGAGAAUCGGGAUCGAAGAUCUCAAAGUGUAUUUCGAUAAGAAUAAGUUUCGAAUGGCAAAGAAGCUUUUGACGGAAGCGAUUGAUUACACUAAGGCAAAGAAGAUUUGGAGGUUUUGGGCGUGCUCUUACUGCGAAGACAGGGUUUUGGAUCCAGUUAUCGAGAAGCAUCUUAUGGGUCAUAUACCUACUCUAUCCAUAUCGGAUAGUUGUCAAUCUCUUUUGCCGGAUGGAGCUCCCGAAUGGGCAAUUCAUAUGGUCAAAAACGGCAUUUGGAAGCCAGUGGAAUCGAUUUCCGCCUCCGCCACCACCGCCAGUACUGCAGAUUGGCCUAAUUAUGUUGAAGACAGUGAGCGGGCAGAAAUGAUAAAGAGAAUUCGUGCGAAACUGCAAUUGUUUACGGGUAGAAAAUGUCUUGUUUGUAGCACUCUGGAUGCGCUGCAGAACUUGAUAAUCGAAUUGCUGCAAAAAAACCAUAAUAUUCCUAAAUCGGUGAUUAUGGAUCUUUGGCUUCACCAAACGCCCCAAUUGAUAUGCUCUUUGGAAGCUCCGGAGCUCAAUCUUGUUCUUCAGUUGUUGGAAGGUUUGGAAAAAGCUUGCGCUUUGCAUUGUCUUGGUGAUAUCAUUUCGGAGGAAGACGUUAGAGGCAAUAACUGGUUUUGGGGCAACACUCGAGAGAGUGUUUUUUUCAGCAGCGACUUAUCAGCUCUCCUUUUCGAUGUCCGGUUCUUGCGAGGAGAGACUGUUGAGCCGGACAAUGGAAUUGCAGUGUUAACUUCAAUUAAUGCUGAAGAUUUUUGUGUUGCUGAUUGUGAUAGUGAUGCUUUUGUUUCUUGGCUAUGGACGGAAGGUCCUACAAUUGGGGAACAAAUAAAGAAAUGGAAAAGUCUGAGAAAAGCUAGCCAACGUCUGGGAAUGAAGUUGUACAAGAUCGUUGAAGAUGAAUCUCGUCGUUUGCGCCGAAUGUGCGAAAGAAAAGGCGAGUAUUUGAGAUAUGAUACACCAUUGGUGAGUGUUGAUAGGUUAUGUAGUGUUGAUGAAAAUAGGAAAAGGGGUUAUGUAUCCCUCUUGUUCAAACGGUGGAAAGAGCUCGAGAGUAAGAGUGAGGAUGAUGAUGGUGCUGCUGCUGAGUUGGAUAUCAUAUGGAGUGUUAUGAAGGAAUUAGAAGAAGUAGAUUUUGAAAUUCAAAUGGCAAUCCAUAGGCAGAAAAAUCGUCUGGCUCAAAAGCUUUACCAACUUGAUGUUAUAAUCGCGGCGACUUGUGCUGCCAUGGGGCAGACGAGGCUGAAAGCUAGGAUGAUAACUAUGUUUGACUACCGGUUUGCUUUGGUGCCCCAAUUGAAGUCAUUCAUGAAGGCGCAGCUGGAGGAUCUGGCCAACAAAGAUGCUGCAGAAAUAUCUAAUCCCACCAGUGUGCCUGUUGUUGGUUCAAGUGAGCAGCAGCAUCCGAGUCAAUCCGGAUCUGCAGCCCCCUUGCCUGUCAGACGCUUUGAUUUUGGACCAUUUGCUCCUCCUAACUGCCUGUCAUCUUUCAAAAAUAAUUUGAGCAGGAUCAUACUGUUUGAGGCACUUCCUCAUCUGCCCUCCCUGUCAAGGAGCUACAGCCAAAACUCAGAGUCUUAUGCUCCAGCUGAUGGAAAGUAUGAAUUGAGAGAAGUGAGAAGGUCAGGAGCUGCUAUUACUUCUCUUCAACAAGAUAUUGAUAAGGCUAUAAAUCUGGAUAGCUCUACUUUUCCUACAUCUUUGGAUAAGGAAAAGAGUAAAAUGGGAGAAGAGGAGGUGUUGAUGAGAGGGUUUUCCCCUACUUUAUGA